AAAGAUUUCCGUCUUCGGUAGUUUCCACAACUAUCUUGAUUUUAGUGAUUCCAAAAUUUCUAAAGGCGAUGGAGAAAAAAGGUGUUAUUAAACUCAAGGAACAGCGUGGUGAUACUCUCUUGGUUGGUGUUAGUUGGGAUCAUCAAGAAUUCAAAUCGUUUAAAAAGCAUAAAACUAUAGAGAAAGCCUCUAUUUCGGCCGCAAAAUCACAAACCCAAAAUGAUGAUAUAUCUUCAGAUUCUAAUACACGUAAUGUGGAUCAAAUUAAAAUUGUUGAGGUCUUCAUGCCCAAAGGUGCUGUUGGUGAACUUUUCCAAAUUCAGGGGAAAAGAAAGAAUGAAGUUUAUGAAUAUAGGGAGAUAUCCAAAACAAUCCUUGAUUACAUUACUUCUCAUAAUUUGGCAGACAGGAAUAACAGAAAAUUUAUCAUUCCUGAUGAGCUGCUUCAUAGAAUAUUUGAAAGCAAACAAGGAGAACCUGUUCCUGAAAAAUUGACACGAAAUGACUUGGUUUAUCAUGUUCAAAGCCGUAUGGAGGAAUAUCAUACAGUGACCCUACUGGGAGACGAAUAUCGGCUAAAGUUGAAAGGACCCCCUAAGCAUAUCCAAAUUUCUGAGGCACGUCGCAUGGGUAAUAAAGUAGUCACUAUUAUCAAAGGUUUAGAAGAAUAUGAAUUUGAUCCCAAAGAUUUGAUAGAACCUCUUAAAAAGUUAUGUGCAAGCAGCGUUGCCGUUCUUCAAUCUCCACAAUCAUCACUCAAGAAACCACUAUCUGAGUUAAUGGUUCAAGGACCUCAAACUAAACAAGUUAAAGAGUACUUAGUAAGCUCAAAAGGAUUUCCAGAAAAAUAUAUUGAUAUCAUUAAAUUGAAAAGUAAGGAUAAAAGUAGUGGAAAAAAGGGAUAA